AUGGAAUUUCUCGCUGAUAUCCCGUCGACCUCGACAUCGGCCCGGAAGAACCCUAAGCGCAAGAUCACCAUGAAGAUCUCCAAGGACCGGACGCAGCUGGAACCUAUCAAACGCCAAAAGAAAUCCGACAUGGCCCGCAGCGCCUCCGCUCUUCCCGGCAAGCAUGCCCGCUACGCUUUCACCGAACAGGGAAUGCCGUUGGAGGGAGGGACGAAGGUGGUCUUAGCCGAAUUUAAAGAGCAGCCGGACGGUACCUUUAAGCCUGUGGAUGCCAACAAGUACAUCGCCAUGACCAUUAACAACUUUUUGCGCCUCUGUGGAUUAAUGCUGACUGGUAAAGCCGACCUGGUCUCGUCGUGCCCGCCAUUGUUCGAUAACGGAAAGCUGUCACUACACUACUGCCUGGACGACAACUUGUACUUCCAGUGGAGCCGCUACAACAACAUGGACCUGGCCACUGUACGCCGCUUUAACCUGACACCUAAUAAAAAUUUGUAUCCAACCAAGGUCGGUAUUUCUUUCGGUCGGAAGGCCUACGAAGGACUCAAGGAACUGGUGGUGGACUUCACGCUGCUGAAGGAGAUCCAGGACACCAACGAGGCUCAUGAUGUCGCCGCGGAUCCCAAGCCCGGACUCGCUUCCGUUUCGUUAAAACAGGAAUUGGCUGAAAUCAUGUUCCGCAAUAUUCGUGAGCACCGUGAGAAUGCGACUGGUCGUACGCCGAUGCGCGGAAUCGCUACGGAUGAAGAAUGGAACACUGCCGAGAAGGACGUUUUGGAAAAGAAGCAGAUUCAUGGUGUGUUGUUGUUGCUUAAUCAGCUAGAUGUUGGUCAGUGUAUUGAUCUGGAUGUUGAUGGCUACUUGGCACAGUUUCGUAAGGAAGUGCGUGCCCAGUUGGAUAAAAUGAUGAUGUAA